ACCCAAUCACUACUCUACUCUCUCUGUCUCAAGUCUUAACCACUAGUACCACUCCUCCAACCCUUAGAAUCAAAUCAAAUAUACUCUUUUCUACACCAUCUCUCACAGUUCUCUCUAAUUAUUUCCCUCAUUGGCUGUACACUUACAGCCACAACCAUGGCCACAUGGACCUCCUUAACAUCUGCGGCUACCCUUUACCUUGCGCUGCAUCUCCUUGCAUUGGCACCUUCACUACUAUGGGCUCGACCUGCUACCUUCCUCCAGGACUUCCGUAUCACUUGGUCUGAGCCCCAUAUUAGGCAAAUCGAUGGAGGCAGAGCUAUCCAACUAGUCCUUGACCAAACUUCAGGUUGUGGGUUUGUCUCCAAGCGCCAAUACUUGUUUGGGCGUAUCAGCAUGAAGAUCAAACUCAUUCCCGGUGACUCCGCCGGCACGGUCACUGCCUUCUAUAUGAAUUCGAACACAAACACUGUACGUGAUGAAUUGGAUUUUGAGUUCUUGGGGAACCGAAGUGGGCAGCCAUACACAGUCCAAACCAAUGUGUAUGCUCAUGGGAAAGGUGAUAGAGAACAAAGGAUCAACCUCUGGUUCGACCCAUCUGCAGAUUUCCAUACUUAUUCCAUCCUAUGGAAUCACCACCAUGUCGUGUUCUAUGUUGAUGAAGUACCCAUCAGGGUUUACAAGAAUAAUGAGGCAAGAGGGAUCCCUUACCCCAAGUUCCAACCCAUGGGAGUGUACUCUACCUUGUGGGAAGCAGAUAACUGGGCCACAAGGGGUGGGCUUGAGAAGAUUGAUUGGAGCAAAGCACCCUUCUAUGCAUACUAUAAGGACUUUGACAUUGAGGGUUGCCCUGUACCAGGCCCUUCAACCUGUGCCUCCAACCCUAAGAACUGGUGGGAGGCUCCUGCUUACCAGCAAUUGGAUGCCAUUCAAGCUAGGAGAUACAGGUGGGUUCGUCUGAAUCACAUGAUCUACGACUACUGCGCCGAUAGAUCUCGGUAUCCCGUCAUCCCACGGGAAUGUAUCGCAGGUAUCUGAUCGAUGAUCAGUACUUUUAAAAAAAAAGAGCAACCUAGUGCAUGAGGCUCCCUCUACUGCAAGGUCUGGGAUGAUCAAUACUUAUAUCUUAAUUAUUUGAAUAGGAUUAAUUGUGAUUAUUGUGAAUUGUGUUGUGUUGUGGUGGAGAUCAUGGGGAGAGUCUUUUAUUCUUGCUCUAAUAAUGGUGAAAGGGCUAAGAUAGUGAGGUUGGAUAUGUAUAUGGUGUAUGUAACUCUCCCCAUCACGUCUGUGUAAAGUUAUUUAUGGAAUUUGUAAGGACUUGUUGAGUAAAGAAUAUAAAGAGGAGACGACAACCCUUGUACCGUUA